CUGCCACUUAGGCUAAAUACGCGAAGGGAGAGCAUUGCAGGAUUAAACAUCACCAGAUUAAUUUAAGCAGAUUGUAUAGAGAUCACUCAUCAUGGCGUCUAUAGACCCCUAUCAGUUUAUAAUAGUUGAGUACCAAUAUUCACACAGAUUCACUGUAACGGUACUAAGAGCCACCAAUGUCACCAAAGGAAGAUUCGGCGACAUGCUUGACACUCCAGACCCGUAUAUUGAACUUUAUAUACCAUCAGCACCAGACAGCCGUAAAAAAACGAAGUAUCUGAACAAUGACGUGAAUCCAGUUUGGAAUGAAACUUUUGAAUUUAUUUUGGAUCCCGAACAAGAAAAUGUUUUGGAGAUAACUCUUAUGGAUGCUAAUUAUGUCAUGGAUGAGUGUCUGGGCACUACAACGUUUGAAAUCUCCACUGUCAAACUUGGAGAGAAGAAAGAGACCAUCCCUUUAACAUUCAAUAAGGUUACAAAGGUGUUUUUGGAGGUGUCACUUGAAGUCUGCUCUUCCACUGACCUGAGAUUCAGCAUGGCUUUGUGUGAUCAGGAAAAGGCUUUUCGGCAAAAACGGAAACAAAUUGUUGUCAAAGGAAUAAAGAAACUAUUGGGUCCUGAAAAAAGCAAAGAUUUGAAUGCUUCAUCUAGAGAUGUUCCAGUCAUAGCCCUUCUAGGAUCUGGGGGAGGAUUUCGCGCAAUGGUUGGAUUUUCUGGUGUCCUAAAGGCUUUGUAUGAGUCAGGUGUUCUAGAUUGUGUUACGUAUAUCGCUGGUUUAUCUGGCUCUACUUGGUAUAUGUCCACCCUUUAUUCCGAUCCAGAUUUUCCUAAAAAAGGACCGCGGGACAUCAAUAAAGAGCUAAAGCAUAAUGUCAGCUACAAUCCCCUCCUCCUACUUACCCCGCAGAAAGUGAAACGUUACAUUGAAGCUUUGUGGAAGAAGAAGAGUUUUGGCCAGCCUGUUACAUUCACCGAUGUAUUUGGCAUGCUCAUUGGAGAGACACUUAUACACAGAAGAAUGGACAGCAAACUGAGUCACAUGCAUUCUAAAAUAAAUGAAGGACAGUGCCCUAUGCCCUUAUUCACAUGUCUCCAUGUCAAACCCGAUGUCUCUGAACUGAUGUUUGCAGAUUGGGUGGAAUUUACUCCUUACGAAAUAGGAAUGGCAAAAUAUGGCACAUUUAUGCCUCCUGACCGUUUUGGAAGCAAAUUUUUUAUGGGAACUGUAAUAAAAAAAUAUGAGGAAAAUCCUUUGCACUUUUUAAUGGGUGUUUGGGGCAGUGCUUUUUCCAUAUUGUUCAACAGAGUCCUUGGAGUUUCUAAUCACAACACAGAUAUCACAAUGGAGGAGGAAUUAGAAAACCUUAAACCCAAGCACAUAGUGAACAAUGAUAAUUCUGACAGUGACGACGAAAUGCAAGAACCAAAAGGCAGUGAGAAUUCUGAAGCUGAAGAAGAGUUCCAUAGAAACAACCAAGCUGGUUGGGUCCAGCGCAUGGUGAUGGCUCUGUUCAGUGAUUCUGCCCUCUUUAACACCCGUGAAGGUAGAGCCGGAAAAGUUCACAACUUCAUGUUGGGCUUAAACCUUAAUACACAAUACCCUUUAUCUCCUUUGCUGGGCCUGGAAUCCCAGAGGUCUGUCGAUGAAGAUGAGAUGGAUGCUGCUGUUGCAGACCCUGACGAGUUUGAGCAAAUAUAUGAACCCCUGGAUGUAAAGAGCAAAAAAAUACAUAUAGUAGACAGUGGACUGACAUUCAACCUCCCAUAUCCGCUAUUACUGAGACCGCAAAGAGGCGUUGAUCUGAUCAUUUCAUUUGAUUUUUCAGCCAGACCUUCUGAUUCAAGUCCUCCUUUUAAGGAUCUCCUCCUUGCGGAGAAGUGGGCUCGAAUGAAUAAUCUACCAUUUCCAAAAAUAGAUCCGUACGUCUUUGAUCGAGAAGGACUAAAAGAGUGUUACGUGUUUCGACCAAAGAAUCCAUCAGUAGAGAUAGACUGUCCUACCAUUAUUCACUUUGUUUUGGCAAAUAUCAACUUUAGAAAGUUCAAAGCUCCAGGUGUUCCAAGAGAAACCGAAGAAGAGAAGGAGUUUGCCGAUUUUGAUAUUUUCGAUGAUCCAGAAUCUCCUUAUUCAACAUUCAACUUUCAGUACCCAAAUGAGGCUUUUCAAAGACUUCAUGACCUGAUGGAGUUCAACACCUUAAAUAAUAUCGAUGAGAUUAAGCAAGCAAUUUUGGAAAGCAUUGAGUACAGGCGAACCCAUCCAUCUCGCUGUUCAGUUUCACUAAAUGAUGUUGAAGCAAGAAAAUUCUUUAACAAGAGCACCUAAUACAAAAUUUUUAAUUUGACUGUAAAUUGGAUGUAAAGGAGAACGAAGUAGUGUCCGUACCAGCAAAAUGUGUAGUAUAUAAUGUGCGUAAGCCAAAGAUAUGCCUUUAUUUAUCAAUAUCUUUAAUGUUACAUUCCUUUUUUUAUAUUGACUGUCUUUUGUAUCUAAAUAUUAUUGACAAUUUGAUAGAUUACUAUUUUUUGUUUAACGUUUUUGAUGACAUCGAGAUUUGUUGUAUUCAUAACAACAUUUUACAAAUAAAGUAAA